AUGGCGGCUAAACGAAAGACCGGGAAGGUUCAGGUUGAAGAACAGGUCUCGCUUAAAACUGCUCUUGACCCAAAUGAAAUAGUUUUCGGCGUUUGCCAUAUUUACGCUUCAUUUAACGACACAUUCGUCCAUGUGACAGAUUCUACCUGUUCCGAAACUAUUGUUCGCGUCACUGGCGGAAUGAAAGUUCGCGCUGACCGUGACGAAUCCAGCCCAUACGCUGCUAUGCUUGCUGCUCAGGAUGUUGCUGAGCGCUGCAAAGCUCUGGGCAUCGGUGCCCUUCAUGUCCGCAUUCGCGCCACCGGUGGCACCAAGGCGCGUACCCCAAGCCCAGCCGCUCAAUCUGCUCUUCGUGCUCUGGCUCGUUCUGGAAUGAAAAUAGGAAGAGUUGAGGAUGUUACGCCUAUUCCAACUGAUAGCACCAGAAGGAAGGGUGGACGACGUGGUCGCAGAUUGUAA